AGGCAUGAGCCACCGCGCCCAGCCAAUUAGCGCUUUUAAAAAAGCGAUUGAUAUUGCUUGUCAUUACUUGAGGCGAAUACAUAGGCUGUGAGCAUGCCUGAGCCAGCGAAGUCCGCUCCUGCCCCGAAGAAGGGCUCCAAGAAGGCGGUGACCAAGGCGCAGAAGAAGGACGGCAAGAAGCGCAAGCGCAGCCGCAAGGAGAGCUACUCCGUGUACUUGUACAAGGUGCUGAAGCAGGUGCACCCCGACACCGGCAUCUCCUCCAAGGCCAUGGGCAUCAUGAACUCCUUCGUCAACGACAUCUUCGAGCGCAUCGCGGGCGAGGCUUCCCGCCUGGCGCAUUACAAGCGCUCGACCAUCACCUCCAGGGAGAUCCAGACAGCCGUGCGCCUGCUGCCGCCCGGGGAGCUGGCCAAGCACGCGGUGUCCGAGGGCACCAAGGCCGUCACCAAGUAUACCAGCUCUAAAAGACCUAACACCACAAAAACCCUAGAAGAAAAUCUAGGCAAAACCAUUCAGGACGUAGGUGUAGGCAAGGACUUCAUGACCAAAACACCAAAAGCAUUGACAACAAAAGCCAAAAUAGACAAUAUCACAGAAAUAAAUUACCUCACAAGUAAAGAAAAACUACACAUAGGCAUGUCCACCCCCACACAUUCUGACAGGAAACCCAAAGAAAGUUUCCAAAUCCUGUUUCCAGCAGCAUCUCUUCUGAGACAGCCCUUUACGCUUUUGAAGCCGGCCGGGGCCCCUCCCGACGAUCUCCCGCAGGCCUACAGUCGACCGGGUCGGUCCGCGGGCGUGGUUGGCUCUGGCCCUGGCAGUGGCCGGGCCUCCCUGAUCUCCGGCCCCUCCCGCCGGCCAGGCCCCCGGGCCGCCGCCCCGGACACCGAUGGAACGCGGAGGAGGAAGGGGGAGCCAGGCGACUGA